AUGUCUGGACUCAUGGGCGACAUUAAGAACGCUGCCAGCGACAAGCUCGGCAAGGACUCUCAGCCAGGCAACAGCGUCGAGCGUACUGCCGACCAGGACGUCAACCAGGAGGUCAACCAGUUUGCCAGCGACCACGGUGUGCCUCAGAGCGCCGACAACACCAUUGACCAGGCCGUCGACAAGAAGGUCAACGAGGAGAUCCCUGGAGGAAACUAG